CAGCUGUCCACUUGCAGUUGCAUUUGGCUGGAGCUGGUCCACUCCAGCCAGGAUGAGUCCUGAGUGGGUGUGAGGCAGCCCAGGGCCGGGGCUGGGGCUUUGUGCUCAGCAGCUAUUGGGCUACUGUGGUGGCAGUAGCAUUGAGAAGCCGCAGGGUCCACAGGCUGUGGGUUUGGUGAGCUGUUGCAGGGUGAGGGCGUUGCUAACUGGCCUGCAACAGCUCCCCAAAAUUGCCUAUGUGGCCUGAAGGCCCAAAUAAUUGCCCAUCCCUUGAUUAGAGACAAACACUGACAGGUGUCAUGGCCCAUGUGUUUCCCAUCCACACUUUUACCUGCCUCUUGCUGGUUUUCUCAUCAGGUUCAAGUGAACAGAGUCCAAUUCCCACUUGCUCCUGCUGGUAUAAAUCAAGAGUACCUCACCCUGAUGCCCAGAGUUAACUGGUUCUGUGCUGUGGACAGAAGCAGGAUCUGGCUGGAUGAAGCCUAGUGUGGUUACAGCUGUAGAGCGAGGGGCAGAUGAGCUGGGCAGCAUGGGUGGGAGGAGCACUAGGGUUGUUGGGAGAAGAGAAGUGGCUCCUGUGAGAUCUUAUCCAGGGUGGGCAGCUGAAUGCUGGAGCCUGCAGAGACAGCAGCGAAACUUGCACCAAAUCCUCAUCUGGGAAAAUAAAUGCAGUGAGAUCUUCUCACCAGCUCGGCUCAGGGCUGCUGGUUCCAGCCUGGUUAACUUGAGGUCCCUUUUCCUGUAUCCAGGGGAAGCUCUAGGUUGGGAUCAGAGCUCCUCUAGCCUUGAGUACUAGAGAUGCUCUUGUGUCCCUGUCAGUGCACUUGGCUGAGGAUGCAGAUGCCCUGCCCUAGCUGGCUGUGAGGCAGCACUGAGCAAGGCCUCUGAUCUCCCUGCUUGUCUCAACGCCCUGCGUCAAGACAAAGGUGCUGCCUUAGCAGUGGGUGGAUAGGAUGAAACCCCAGUGUGAAGGCAAAAGCCAUUUCCUUCCUCUUGCCCAGAGCAGCAGCUAUGUAAAGGUGACUGAGCUCUCCAGCAGACAAUCAUCAGGCAGCAGCUCAGUGCCCAAGGCAGGAGGAAAUGCAGUGCGGCUCAUGCUGGGUAAGUACCUGGUGAAACAGCCACCCUGCCUGGAGCACAGCGCUGAUGGGCAGAGGCUGUUCAGGGAUGGGACAUGGGCUUUAAGGAGUGAGGAGAGGGUAGGUGAUGCAGCGCUGCUUUGGGGAAGGGCAGCAAGCAUGACUCCCUGGGGCAGGGCUGCAGCCAGGGGCAGACGCUGCGGUAGGAUCCAGACAGGGAUUCUGCGAAGUUGUUAGAGAGAGAGAAGAGCUGCUGGGAACUGUAUUGUCAUGGGUGAUUUGGACCUGUUAGAUGUUGAGUGGGGAGAAAAUGCUGCUAAUGUUGGUAGGACGGAGGGAUCCCCAGGUGUGAGAAUCGAUAGAUUUCUUCUUCAGUCAUUGAACCAACAAGAGGCGAUGCUGUUUGGGACUUGGAUAUGGUGGUAGGUGAGGUCAUAUGGAAGAGGCAGUAAUAGAAAAUAGCUUUGAGGAGAGAGACCAUGAAUUGAUCUGGUUGAAACUAAAACGUUUUGACAGGAGCAGUUCUCCAUUUUGAAAGGACAGACCUCAGACAGUGAGGCUGUCUGGACGGAGCCUCUCUGGGACCUGAGUGUGGAGGUCGCCUAGAACAUCUUUCAGGCAAAGAUGCUAAAAUGAUCUGGAAUUUGUAUCCCAAACAAGGGGUAAAUGCUUGUGGUGUCACAGCUGCUCCUCAUCCCUUCCAAGUCCAAGAUAUAAAGUGGGGGAGGGGGGAGUUAAGAGAACAGGAUGAACUUCCUCAUUUCCUAGAAAACACUUGAUUCAAGCAGUUAAACAGUAAAUCAUUAGUCUAUAAAGUACAGCUCCUCUGACCUCUGGGGAAGCCCCAUGAGGUACUGCUUAAUUGUCUGUGAAUGUUUAGUUCAUUAGUUUUGAUGACUCCCAAAGCACUCUAGACUUCCCUUUUUAUCUCAUUUUCCUGCAGAGGCUUAUACGAACUAAACAUGAUGUAAGAGGCCAGGACUUCUUAGGGUGGUAUCUUUUAUUGGACCAAGUAUAUAUUGCAGUUGUGUUAGAGUUAGACAAGCUUUUGAAUGCAAGACAUUCUUCAUCAGGUCCCUUGUCUAAUAUUCCAACUAUACAGGCCCUUCACAUAAUUUCUGGACCGCCGCAGCUACAGCAUCGCUCUUACACUACCUAAACAUGAUGAACAUUUCCAUAUUUUAGUAAGAGAGAACACUUCUGUGAUGUUUUCGCUGACUGCCUUGCCUAUCGCCUCUUGCGUCAGUUCCGACUCUUGUCUGCCACGUCUUUAUUAGUUUUGAUGGUAUUAGUCAAGAGGUAUUAUUUCCACAGUAGGUCACUGGCAAUCUCUCACAAUUUCCAGCGGUGGCUAACCUAUCUGAUGCCUUUCUUGCCCAACUCGCAGAUUAAGAAUCUUACUCAAACCACAGUCGUAUGUAGCUGAACUAUUCUUUUUAUUAUCUUUCAGGUUCUUGUACACACAUAACUAUUUUUAUAAAAGUCUUCCUUUUUUUUUUUUAAUUCCUUUCUUUUGUCAACACCUUUGAUGCUAUUUCUUCUUUAUUGAUAUACAACAUAAUCAAAUGCACUUUUGAACCAUUUCUUGAAUUGUCCCAAAGCUUUUACUUUCAGUUUUCUUUUUCUUUUUUUCUUUUUAUUUAUUUAUUUGUUUUUCCCAAGUUCUUCCUAGUUUUUCCAGUCAAAAACCUCUUUAAGAAUAGUCAAUAAUGUCAAUGAUAUAAAAAUCAAAACUAAGAACUCCCAGCAUGUUUCUUUUUCAUUGCUUACUCUCUUGUUCUUUUCUUUUUUUCUCUGGACCAUCUGCCCCACCUCUGCUUCUCUCAGCGUCUCCCUUUCUCGCACCUCUAUUUCUUCUCCGGGAAAUCCUCAGUUGACUCCCUGCUUCCUUUCUUCGUCCAACUUUCUCUAACAUGCUGGACCAAGCUCUCGAAGCUCUCCGACUCUGCAGCCCUCUCCCUGCUCUCUCUUAGAGGAGAUGCCUCUUGCUCCCAUCUCCACCACAUGCGGUCCCGUGCUCGGCUCUUUUAUGUGCAGCGAGCAGCUGCUCUGGAACUGCCGCACUCCCAGCUCAAUUUCUUUACCAGCUCUUUCACAAACUGUUUAUCCAGUGGGAUUGUAGCUGAUUGUACAUGGUUACAUUUCCUACCAAAAGAUGCAGCAUCCAGUUGCUGCAGCUGUUACUUCUCAUUAUGUCUGGUGCUUCCCAAAAGCAAUGAUCAGUCCUUGCCUCAGCUUGACAGCAGUGGCUUUGAGCUACGCUGAUGUAAUACUGAAGUUACAAGGUUUAUCUGUCAUGGGCGCUCUUAGCAGGUGCGGAUUGCAUGGGGGCUUCAGAUGCCUCCCUGUAGCAAAGAGCUCCUGACCUCGGUGGGCCAGUAGCUCUGCGAGGAGGGUGCUAGGAGGAACCAGAGCUGACAGGGAAUGGCCAGAAGGGCUUGUCAGCAAAGAAAGGUGUGUCCUGGAGAUGGGGUGCUGUGAACCACAAUAAAAGAUGACACAGGUUCAGCAAAGACAGACUUUGCAAAGGAAAUGACAGCAAAGAGCAUAAGACUCUUCUGCUGCACGAACAACAGGAAGAAAUGGGACUGUGAUGCACUGAGGAUGGGGUGAGGUGAAAGACGAUGUAGAGAAGACACAAAAGCUAAGCGGGCACUUUGCCUCUGUGAUCAGUGGUGAUGCCAACGUGGAUGCUGGAGGUGAAGGUCAUGGGGCCAAAGUCUGCUCCUAGAGCACAAGGCCAGAAGAGAGCCCUGUGGGCAGCCAGUCUGACCUCCUGGAGGGAACAGACCUCUGGGCUUCGUUGGGCAGGCUCAGGGUUGCCGUCAGCACUGAGGGAGACACAGACCUCACCUGCAUCCAUGUUAUGUCUUGUUAUCUUUGCAGCUCACGCCCUUGGCCUAGCCGCAGCUGCACAGAAGGCCGUGCUGACCCUGAACCCUCCCUGGAGCACCGUGUUUAGGGGCGAGAGUGUCACUCUGUCAUGCAAUGGAUCCCGCCCUCCUGGAAGCACCCCCACCUCUUGGUGUUUGGAGGGAUAUUCCUGGAUAUCAACAGAAACAAACCUCCAAAUUAAAGCUGCACAAAUGGAAGAUGCAGGAAAAUACCAGUGCAAGACCAGUGACUCUACAUGGAGUGACCACAUCGAGCUGACUGUUUCCAGCGGCUGGCUGAUUCUCCAGGCCCCGCAUUAUGCAGUGUUCGAGGGGGACCGGCUGCUUCUGAGAUGUCGUGUGCGGAGGGGUGGUGAAGUGUAUGGGAUGAGAUACUACAGAGAUGGAACAGAGAUCACACCAAAGCCUGUUCAGUCCAGUUAUACUAUUGAUCAAGCAAAGACAACAGACAGUGGCACAUACCGAUGUGAAGGAGAAAUAUUAUCUGGUUCUCUUUAUUUUAUAAGAUAUUCUAAUGAGGUGCUGGUUCUUGUCCAAGAGCUGUUUUCAACACCUGAGCUGAAGGUGGCCGGCUCAGCUGAAGCCAGGGAAGAAAGCCCACUGACCCUACGGUGUGUCACACAGCCCAAGCCCUGGACAUCAGACCUACAGCUUCAGUACUCCUUCUGCAAGAGCAGCAUGAUUGUGAGAGGACCAGAGAGCUCCCCUGUGCACCACAUCCCAGCAGCAAGCCUGGCAGACUCAGGACCCUACUUUUGUGUGGUGCAGACAGUGACCUCAAGUGUAAGGAAACAGAGUCCUGAGCAAGGAAUCAAGGUUAAACGAGUCCCCGUCUCUGGAGUCACCCUGGGGGUGCAGCCCCGCAAUGGGCAGGUGGUGGCAGGGGAGCGGCUGGUGCUGAACUGCUCCGUGGCUGCGGGCACAGGGCCUCUCACCUUCUCCUGGCACUGGGAAGGCUCUGGUCUGGCUCUGAGGACAGAGACUUUGCACUCACGGAGGAUGGACUAUGAGAUCCCUGCUGCCACGGAGAGCGAUGCCGGGGAGUAUUACUGCGCUGCCUCGAAUGGCCACAACCGGGUCCUGAGCCCACGGGUGACGGUCACAGUGUGGGUGCCUGUGACUGGAGCUAACAUUAUCAGAGAUAAGCCAGAGCUGGUGCUCACAGUGGGAGAAAGCCUGAAUCUCAGCUGCUCGGUGCAGGCGGGGACGGACGCAGCAUUCAGGUGGCUUCACAAUGCCCAGGAGCUGGACGUGGCCUCAGGGCUGGGUCUGCUCAGUCCUGUGGGGCACGUCCUGUAUGUGGAGUCAGUGCAGCUGGGCCAUGCGGGGAAUUACCAGUGCAUCGCCAGCAACCAGUUCAGCCUAGAGAGAGUCUUCCAGGCCUCCAGCGAGAUUCUGGCCGUCACCGUGAGAGAGGAUGCGAGUACCUGGGUGGCUGUGGGUGUGACUGUCACCCUCCUGUGUCUGGUCGGUGCCACUGUGGCUGCCGUGGUCUGCGUCAGGCGCCACCAGAAAGCAGAGGAGAUAUGUUUCACUGCCUGGUGGAGGAGCACUCCAGGCCCAGUCCAGCAGGAGCCCCCUGCCCAUGGGCUGCUUCCUCCAGCUACCCUGGGGUCCAGUGAGCUGGAGCUAGAGUAUGCCAAUGUGUGUCCCCAGGAGCAGACGAGCAGCGAUGUGGUCUAUUCCGUUGUCAGCAUCCAGAAAGGAAGCGGCGCCAAGCCCACAGGAACCUCCCAGAUGGAUAAUGGACACCUUGUCACCUAUGCUGCGCUCUGUAGUCCCAAGCCCUCCUGGGAUUCAGCCACCAAAGUGAGGGCAUCAGAAGUGGGGGACCAAUCCAAGAGCGACAUUUAUGAGACCAUUACCCACCUUUGACCUGCGCUGACCCCAGCAUGAUCCCUCAAUGUCUGGGACAUCCCAUGCUGCUCAGUAACACUUCACUAUCCACCGGGCCUGCAGUAGAGUGUGCAGGGCACGAGGGCUGCAACCACAGGAGCUGAUGCCCAGCCUGGUGCCUCCAGUGGCAGCAUAGCAGUGGCUGUGGCUGUAGCUCUGUACUGAGCAGCUGCUGCCAGGCCCGCGGGUGGCAUCCCCAGAAAGCCAGGGCUGAGAUGGGCAACUGGCUGAGUUAGGGUUUCUUGGCCUGGAUGGAGGGAGCCCGGGCAGCAGCCUUAAUCUGCUGCAUUCCCUGGAGUGGGGUCUCUGACUCUUCUGUCUUCACCCCAGAGGUUGCUGCUGUCACAACCUAUCUACCGAGCAUGCCAGAGCUCAAGAUGCAAGGACACUUGUAUAUGUUAUGACUUGUUGGCAUACACGCUAUGAAACGGUAGGAAAAAUCACCACUUCUCUAGGUCAGUUGCAUAACCAAAUAUAUGUGCACGCUUCUUUUUCAUGUCAGAUUUUGAUUUAUCAUGACAAGUUAGACCACCUCCGAGAUGUUUUAUUUUUACCAUGGCCAGUUGUUCUAGGAAGCUUUCUUUUAUCAUGAUACUUCUGGCACGUGUACAUGUCACACACAGGUAAAUCUGCUGCUUUACGGGUUCUGACACCCUUUGGCCACCAGGUGCUGCUUGAAUUCAUUGGUAAUUUCAUGUACUUUGCAGUUCAGUUGGUAGUUUUCUGGUGUAACGAAUGCCUUUUCCCAGCAGGUUGCCUGGCAUGGAUCAAUUGUUCUACCUAUGGAUCAUUCCUUGCUCCUUAAUAAGUGAAUCAAUUUAAUUAAAAUUAUUUUUUUUGCACUAAAA